AUGAAGGACAAAAAUGUCUACCUUAGAGAAGCUAAGAAGGACAUUAAGAAAUUGAAGAGAGAAAUAGAAGACCAGCAAAGCGCUCUCAGGGAAGAAGUAAAACAUCUCGAGCAUGAAAACAAGGAAAAAGAGAUAAAGAUUGUCCUUCUUGAGGAAGAAAUGAAUCGUCUCCAGAAUGGAAACGAUGAAAAGGAAAGGAAAAUUGACGAGCUUAAGGAAGAAAUGAAUCGUCUCCAAAUUGGAAGCGAUGAAAAGGAGAGAAAGACUGAUGACCUUAAGGAAGAAAUGAAUCGUCUCCAAAUAGGAAACGAUGAAAAGGAGAGGAAGAUCGAUCUCCUUGAGAAGGAACUGAAUCGCCUCCAAGACAAGAAUGUCCGAGAUCUGGAAGAGGGACAGAAGAAAGAGAUUGAGGCUCUCGAGAGCAAGUGUUCUCGUUUGUUGAAGGCAAUGAAAGACAAAAAUGUCUACCUUAGAGAAGCUAAGAAGGACAUUAAGAAAAUGAAGAGAGAAAUGGAAGACCAGCAAAGCGUUCUCAGGGAAGAAGUAAAACAUCUCGAGAAUGGAAGCAAGGAAAGAGAGAUAAAGAUUGUUCUUCUUGAGAAGAAAUGA